AUGGUAGCAAGCCUCAAGAAAAAAUACGAAAGCAAGGCAACCAGCAGGUCACGAAUCGUUCAACAACUCAUGGACUUACCCCAGUCUGAUAGAAGCGCAGAAAGCAACGAAUUGGUUUUUGAUAAAAUAUGUGCGCUUUUGAAUCAAAUGACAUCGGCUGGUCAGGAUAUUCGCCAAACAAACGAUGCAAUGUGGAUUGAAGCCAUUAUACACAAGUUCCCACGAGAUAUAGUUGAACCGGUGCUCAUCAAAAUGAGGGAAAACGAAGAUCUUGCUGUUGAUGAGAUAAUGAAUAUCAUAGAGACGGAAAUAUCCGCAAAAGCCUACAUCCAAGCC